AGCCCGAAAAAAAACGCAACCCUUGACUACCAAUAUUUGUAAGCGACUUUAUAAGAAAACAAGCCCAAAGUCGCUUGUAAUAAGCGGACUUGGCAACACUGAACAUGACCUAUGUACACGACUCAAGUUGCUACACGGAUGUAUUUAAGUUAAGGACAGUUGAUUUGCGCCGCCUUGUGUUUUUAUUGAAGUAGGAAUCCGAGCACUUAAGAUGUGUGUUAAGGAGGUUCGUUCAUAUAAAGUAUAGUUGGCGUCUCAUGAGGACCUUUACAAUUUUUUUUUUUAAAUAGCGCCUUACAUUUUUAAAUGACGUUGUAUCUGACUGUGUGACAGAGUUUCGGAGGGAAGAAAAGUGUCUCGAGACGUUUUAAAAAAAAAUAGUUUUCCUCAAGCUACAUGGCGUGUGAAGGAAACGGCAUGUCAGAUGCGAGGAUAGGGGAGGCCCUGAUCAAAGAGGUGAUUGAGGAGGAGCUGAAGGACGUACCCUCAGAGGACAUCCCACCCCUUACUCCACUGGCAGUCUUAAAGACUGACCAGGAGCAGAAGGUGGUGACCCAGCUGGCCAAAAUGAUCUGCAUCAUUGGGGACAAGGUCCAAGGUGACCAGGAGUUCAAAGAUGCGAUAGAUGGGAUAACUGGUUCCUCCCGCUCUAAGUGGGACACUUUUCAGGCAGUGGCAGACAAAGUGUUUCAACACGGGAUCAGCUGGGAGAGGAUUGCUGUGCUCUUCUAUGUCGCUGGAAAGCUUGCUGUCAAGAUGGUGGAGGCCCAUCUCCCUCAAUCAGUGAGGGAGAUCCUAAGGUGGACUGUGGAUUUUUUCAGAAAUAAUCUACUGGACUGGAUCCGUGAACAUGGAGGAUGGAUCAACAGCUUCUCUGAGCUGGCAGUGGCAUCCAUGCAGAACGUGUCAUCGUUGAGCUAUCGUAACUACAGCCUUGCCCUGAUCUUUGUCACCGGCCUGGCUCUAGGAAGCAUCAUCACCUGGAAACUAACCAAAAGGUUCUGAGGUGCCAAAAAUCCAUUGUGUUUCCCUAUAUUCAUUCUGCAGCUGCACACCACCACGAACAUGACACUGCCCUGAGUCACUGAAUGAGCCAACUGUCUGUGGUUGGUUCAUGUCUGUAACAGCAGGACAGUCAAGUUUUUCUAAAUUGCUAAAGUCAGUUGAACAAGUGAAGUAAAGAUAUAUUGUUGGUAUUGUAAGCUACUGGUAGUCUCACAUUGAUAAAACCUAUCUAUUGAAAGUGUUAAGUUGAGGAUGGAAUUUGGUGUUGUGGUAUCCCCACAUCUCCCAAGCUAAAGCAGUAAACCUAGGGAAAACGCUGGUGG